GACAUUUGCGCCAUAUAUGUGAACCUCGCCAAUGAAAGUAACCCCAAAUACAAGCACUUCUGUUUGGCCGUCGGCUCCGACGACAGGUCCUAUUCUGCGGAUCUGUUCCCCGCGGCCGCAGACGUACUCAUUAAGUCUGGUUUCGUCAGUCUCUCCACUGAGACGCUAGAAGUGGCCAAAUGUGUGGACAUUCUGUUAGUACACCACAGAAGUCGCGAAAUCAAUAUGAAUGACGUGCCCGAAGAGUUCACCGAUCCUAUCAUGAGUUCCCUAAUGAGCGAUCCCGUCAUUCUCCCCAACUCUGGCGUCAGAGUUGACCGCUCGACCAUCGCUCGGCAUUUGCUCAGUGACCAAACGGAUCCGUUCACUCGGGCGCCGCUGACCAUGGAUUUGGUGGUUCCAGAUAUUGAACUCAAGCAACGCAUUAAGGCUUUCGUCGAGGAAAAACUUAAAGCGAGAGAACAAACGAAUAAAUAGUUAAUAUAUUAAAUAAAACAAUAAGUGUAUAAUCUUUUGUAAAUGUUAUUCAAAUUGUUUUUUAAUUUCUGAGAUAUAUUUGUUGUGAAAAAGUUUAUUCAAAUUUUAUAUGAAUUCAGAUUAAAAUAUUUUCCAAAAUAA